AUGGCCUGCCCGCGCCUCCCCGCCGCGCUUCGCGAAGCCGGCCCGCCGCCGGAAGCGGCUGGUGUUCUGUACAAAAGCGUCCGGGCGCGACCGGAAGCGGAGGAGGCCGGGCAGGCUAUGGAGAAGGUUGGGUCCCGCAGGGUCGGGCGCUCGUGUCGGGGCCGGGGACAGCGGCGGCCCACGACCUGGGAGAUCUCGGACUCGGACACUGAGGGCCCCGUCGGCGCGGGAGCCGACUCAGAGGCCGCCGUGAGGGCCCGGGACCCGGCGGAGAAGCGCAGAGCGGCGGCCGAGGCGCUGCGGCUGCUGCGGCCCAAGCAGGCACUGCGGCGCCUGGCGGUGCGCGUGGACCCAGCCAUCCUGGAAGAUGCUGGCGCUGACAUCCUGAUGGAGGCCCUGGGCUCCCUGGGCUGUGAGUACCACAUCGAGCCCCAGCGCCCCGCCCGGAGCCUCAGGUGGAGCAGAGUGAAGCCAGAACCUUGCCCCUGCAGUGUGCCUCCUGAAGUGUGGGCUGCGGGUGAGCAGGAGCUUCUGCGGUUGCUGGAGCCUGAGGAGUUUCUGCAAGGUGUCUGCCAGCUGACCCAGAUCUGUGGCCCAGCCUGUUCAGUGCCCUGGACCUCUCCUGAGAGCCCCACCUGCCUUCACCUGGCUGUCAUCGGGCUGGAUGCCUACCUGUGGUACCAGUCACCCUCACACCCUGAGCAGGCCCGGCUGGGGUGGGGGAGUUCAGGGAAAAGAUCGUGGUCUCACCAGCCCAACGCCCAGGAGAUGCAGCAGCCAGAGAGUCCAGGGGUAGCCCGUGCAGAGGUGGCGGUCGGCUGGCCUGAAGUGGAGGAGGCCCUGGUGCUCCUGCAGCUCUGGGCAAACCUGGAUGUGUUGCUGGUGGCCUCCUGGCAGGAGCUGAGUCAGCACGUGUGCGCCUUCACUAAGGCCCUCGCCCAGCGCCCCUUCAAGCAGUUCCAAGAGUCCGGGACCUUUUCCUUCUGCACGGCUGGGCGCUGGAUGGCAGGCGAGCGUGUGACAAAAGGUGGCACAGGGCUUCGGGGGGCCUGGUGGCGACAGAUUAGGCAGUUCAACCGAGUCAGCCCGGCUGUGGCUGAUACUGUUGUCACUGCCUUCCCUUCUCCCCGCCUUCUGCAGCAGGCGUACUUGGCCUGCAGCACUGAUCAAGAGCGCCUGGCCCUCCUGGCUGAUCUCCCCGUGAAGGUGGAUGAAGGCGCUCGGCCCCGAAGGGUGGGGCCUGACCUUUCCCGUCGCAUCUGCCUCUUCCUGACCUCCACCAACCCUGACCUCCUGCUGGAUCUGAGCUCCUGACCUGCAGGGCCUUCUCCCACCAACAAACUGAACAGAAGGCAGCCCAACAAGGAAGAGACCAGAAACCAAAGGGGUGGGGGGAGGAGAGCUCACCCAGCACAGCUGUCCCUCAGCCGGGGGAGGCUCGGCCAGGUCUGAACCCAGGGGAGGCGCAGGUGGAGGAAAGGCUCUGGGUAACGAUGAGCAGGAGAGGAAACUGCACGUGGGGCUGGAGGCUGGGGCAAGGCCCUGCACACACGGGCUGCAGGCCUGGGGCCAACUGGGACGGGGAGAGUUGGGUAGCACCUAAGUCCCUGCUGGGGGCAUGCACCAGUCUCCUGGAGGCGUGGGGGUGGCACCUUCAGAGAGAAGUGAGACAGAGUCUCAAGGGAGAAAAGAGCCAGGCUGCCUCUUCCCCAAGGGUACUACAACACAACCAGGACCAUGGGAGAAAAGGUCUUGAUGUGGACUCCUUUUAAUGCUACCACUAUGGAGGCGUUAGGUAUAAACUCAGAGUUUAUUACGAUCGUUUCAGUCUCAGACGGGAGGAACAACUGACAACAUGCAAAGCAAGUGAGGACAAACCCAAGGUCCCCGGAGGCUGCAGCUACAGCAAAGGUGACAUCUGAUGAGGCCACAGCCUCCAGCCUCUAGGCCAGCAGACUCAGUCCAGAGAGCUGGUGUGGCCACUCAUAAGAGACUCCAAGGAGAGAAGCAGCCGCUGCCAUACCCCGCACAGGAAACAGAUGGAUUCAGUUCUGGUCUCAGGAUCCCAGGGCCUGCGGCUUCUGAACUUGUGGCAAGGCCUGACCUAGCCUCUGAGGGCAGGGGGACGGCCCAGACAGACCUUGGCCCAACUCCUCCCUCUCCUGUUACUCUGGAGCAUGGCCUGAGGGAAAGGAUGGAGAAAAUGCUGUCCUCGCCUCAGGAGGCAGUUUCAUUGGAAAAUAAGUUAGGUCCUUCGGCAGCGUUUUCUCUGGCAGCGCCGGGUCUCUGGGCUGCUGGGACUGACCGUGGCUUUGGGUGAGGGCGUGGGGGACUUGUGGUGGCCACAGCUCAUGCUCAGGACCCAGCCCAGCUUGUUUUGUAGCACCUGCUUGAGGCCAGGUGGCAAGGGCAGGCCCUCAAGCGUGUCCCCAGAGUUGGGUCGUAGCUGGCGCAGGCGGUGGCAACACAGGUACUGUAGGGAGGUGGCGCUGGCACAGGAGCGGAUGACCUUCAUGCUGCUCUUGGCCGCGGUGGAGCACACCAUUGGAUAGAACUUCCUGUUCUGCAGCUUUGUGGCUGCCACACCUAGAGGGGGCACAGCCUGAAUCCUGGGCCAGGAGGGGGCUUAGCCAUUCUGUGGACAUCCUCCUGAGACAACUAGGGUGGCCCUCGUGCUGUCCCACCCUCUGGAGACCCUGGGACCUCGGGCUUCUUUCCUCAAGGAUAUCUUUUUGGGAAGCCUUAGGGCCCCUCAGCCUGGGCCCGUCUCUGCUUCCUACAGGACCUCAGUAGCAGCCACGCCCCACAGGUCUUUGUCUCCCCUGGGAUCCUGGACACCCUCACCUAUGCACUUCCUGUUCUUAAAGAAGGUCAGUGUCCCGUGCCAGGUAUCCAGGUGCACGCCAAUGAUGGAGCCCUGGCCAAACCGCGAGGAGAAGGUCGUCUUGUCACCCUUGUGGUGGAGGAGCCCUGGGGGCAGCAGGAGGCAAGGGGUGAGCCUAUGUCUGGGGCCCCCCCAGCAUGCCUGCCCUUAGGGGCCCCACAUACCUGUGUAGGAGAGGCCCCAGCUGUCCUCAUCCCUGCCAAGCAGGCUGCAGAACGUGUGGUGGUACUUGUCCAGGUCCACAUCCGACGUCCCAAUGCCCACCAUCUGGAGACAACAGGCCAGGCAGAGGGGGGCCGGGGCCAGGGCACCAGCAGAGCUCCUCCCCGCACAGCCCUGCCUGUCACUUACCAUAUCAGUGCCGUACACAGGUGAGGUCAUCUUGAUCUCCCAGAAGUGCUGCCCCUCCCCUAGUUCCUUGGUGCCUCGGAUGGCCGCUGUGCCGCAGCUGUACUCCACAUGGAAGUUGACCUUCCGGUUGUCACAGCUCAGCAGGGUGGCUGAGGACUUAUUCAAGUCAUCCCAGAC